AAGAACUGGGAGUUGCGAAAGAGGAAGAUCACGAAGAGCUAAUAAAGAUAAAAAAUAUUUGAAUCGAGUUAUGCUUCCAUUUGUCCCAAACAACAGUGAGCACCAUUAUUGGUCAGAAUUUGGGUAUCGUUUUUUCUCAAGGGCAUUACAAGAAUUUAUAGGUCUUGACUGGAGAGCCAUGGAAGUUCCCGUGCAGGCCUCAAAGUAUCGAAAAAACUAUGGACAUAACCUUGCUAUAGACAAAAUAGUCGACGGAAAGUUUGCAGAUUUAGAGAUGAGAGAUUGUUUAAACGUUAGGAUUUUACGAGCCAUGGGAAAAGGUGACAUGAAUUACAAUAACCGGUCUGUUUUCGGAAUAUUGGGUUAUCUUUUCGAAAUCAAAAUGCUUAUAAUGUGGAAAGAUGGAGUAUAUAUAUAUGAAGAAUAUGGAAGUUUAAACAUUGCUUCCAACCCGGCACAGAUGUCAGAGAUGAAAUCAGAUGAUUAUCAAAAUCAAAUGGAAAAUAACGUUGAAACUGAAUAUAAUGCUGAAUCUGUACAGAUUCUCAAAAGAAAAUUAUUCCAACAAGGCCAUCACCUUCAAAAAUCGCGAAGAAAUAGAGAAUUUUUUCGCAUGUUUUAA